AAGAUCAAUGAUUGGCAGAUAUUUUUCAGGAGAUGACCCGAAUCCUUUGCAUGUACCUGUACUCACCUACUCUUGACUCCUCAAUUCACCCAUUUCCAUCCUUCUCUAUAUAAUCACCAAACUGUCAUUACUCCUGCGAUCUACCCUCCCUCACCAAUGUCUAGCUUACCUCCGCCGCAAACUUUGUCGUCAGCGGUGCCCACUAGCUCCCCCACCGAUGACAGAAGUGCCUUCUUCAAUCAAUCCAUGGAGCUUGUCCAAGUUCCGUCUCAAAGGUCAACCAGAGCCCAUGUCUCUCGUAGCCCCUCCCUCGCCGACCUCCUUAAACGUGUAGUCGGAGAUGCUCAAAAUGAUGUCGCCUCUCAGCCCCACCACAUCCUCGACCUCGUUCCCCCUCCUCCUUCUCCCUCUUGCUCUUUUGUCCUUUCCUUCACCAACUUGACUUACAGCAUCAAAGUCAAUCGUAAAAUAAGCCUCUCCUCUUGUUUCUCUCGAAAACAUGUGGAUUUGAAUUCCCCGCUUCAUAGUGUGACCGAAUCUGAAUCGUCAAAGGCUAACGCUGUAAAGGUUUUGCUCAAUAAUAUUUCCGGCGAGGCCCGGGAUGGAGAAAUCAUGGCCGUUCUAGGUGCCAGUGGGUCUGGAAAAUCAACACUGAUCGAUGCCCUCGCCAAUAGAAUCUCCAAAGAGAGCUUGAAAGGAACAAUCAUGUUAAAUGGUGAAGCUUUGGAUUCCAGUCUUCUCAAAGUGAUUUCAGCUUAUGUCAUGCAGGACGACCUUCUCUUUCCCAUGCUAACUGUGGAAGAGACUCUCAUGUUUUCCGCCGAGUUUCGGCUUCCUCGCUCCCUCUCUAAGUCUAAGAAAAAGGCUAGAGUCCAAGCUCUCAUCGACCAAUUGGGCCUCCGUAAUGCCUCCAAUACAGUCAUCGGCGACGAAGGCCAUCGUGGGGUCUCCGGAGGUGAGCGACGUCGUGUCUCUAUCGGAAUUGAUAUCAUUCACGACCCGAUUGUCUUGUUCCUUGAUGAACCCACUUCAGGACUUGACUCCACCAGUGCAUACAUGGUCGUCAAGGUGUUACAGCGAAUAGCCCAAAGCGGAAGCGUCGUCAUCCUGUCCAUACAUCAACCAAGUUACAGAAUCAUCGGAUUAUUAGACCGGUUGAUUUUCCUCUCACAAGGCCAAACCGUCUAUAGCGGCUCACCGGCGAAUCUACCACCCUUUUUCUCGGAGUUUGGACACCCGAUCCCCGACAAUGAGAACCGCACCGAGUUCACCCUCGACCUUAUUCGUGAGCUCGAACAAAACCCUGGUGGGACGAAGGGCCUAGUAGAAUUCAACAAGUCUUGGCAAUUGAAUCACUUGAAAAGCAAGCCCAACGACGAUGAUAAUCCCCUUAACGGACAAAAGGUUUCACUCAAAGAUGCCAUCGGUACAAGCAUUUCUCGAGGCAAGUUGGUCUCCGGGGUGCCAAAUAAUUCGAAUCUCACAAUAUCUUCGUCUGUUCCAACCUUUGCAAACCCGUUUUGGAUCGAGAUGGUUGUAAUAGCAAAACGAUCGCUGAUCAAUUCUCGAAGGAUGCCUGAAUUAUUUGGCAUACGAAUUGGUGCAGUUCUGGUAACCGGAAUCAUCUUGGCCACUAUUUUCUGGCAUCUUGAUAGUUCUCCGAAAGGUGCUCAAGAGCGAUUAGGGUUCUUCGCCUUCGCCAUAUCCACCACCUUCUACACUUGCGCGGAAGCCAUGCCUGUCUUCCUCCAAGAGCGAUAUAUCUUCAUGAGAGAAACCGCAUACAAUGCCUACCGUCGAUCCUCCUACGUUCUGGCCAAUUCAAUCAUCUCAGUACCAUCCUUAAUAUUCCUUUCCUUAGCAUUUGCUGUGACGACGUUCUGGGCGGUGGGUUUAGCCGGCGGCGCAUCCGGGUUCUUGUUCUACUUGUUGAUAAUCUUAGCAUCUUUCUGGACAGGAAACUCCUUCGUGACGUUUCUUUCAGGAGUGGUUUCCCAAGUGAUGUUGGGCUUCACCGUGGUGGUUGCUAUUAUAGCUUACUUCGUACUGUUCAGUGGGUUCUUCAUAAGCAGAGACAGGAUUCCUGCGUAUUGGAUAUGGUUUCACUAUAUUUCACUGGUGAAGUACCCAUACGAGGCUGUUUUGCAAAACGAGUUCGGUAUUCAGCCUCCAAGGUGCUUUGUGAGAGGGACUCAGAUGUUUGACACGACGCCGUUAGGGGAGCUACCGGAAACACUGAAGUUGGAAUUGCUUAAGAGUAUGGGCAAGACGCUGGGUAUGAACAUCACAAGUUCUACAUGCGUGACCACAGGAAUGGAUAUAUUAAAGCAACAGGGGAUUACGGACCUAAGCAAGUGGAAUUGCCUGUGGAUAACCAUCGCAUGGGGACUCUUCUUUAGAUUUUUGUUUUAUUUGGCUUUGAUGUUUGGGAGCAAGAAUAAGAGGACCUAAUAAUCAUAACUUCAUAGAGUGCAAUGUAUGGAGUGGGGAUUUUUUUUCCAUAUAGUCAUAUAUGACAAACGAAAACUACAGUGGUUAAAAGAUUGAUUA